CCUCCUGAGAGAGGAGCAGUGAGUCCAUCAGGCGGAUUACAGGCUGUCCGCAGCACUGAGAGCUUUUAUUCUGUCUGAAUGAGGAAAACAUCGCGUCUGUCUGCUGCCUGAGAGCUGAGAGCUGUCACAUGGGGCCGAGGAGGGGGGAAAGAGAAACAUCGCUUCCUGAAAUGAUCCUCGUCACUGGCUGUGUAUUGUUUUUUUGUUUUUUUAUAUAACAUCUAACAACAUCGCAGCGCGUUUUAAUUCUCCCAGUCCGGAUCUAUUUGGUUGUGGAUGAUGAUCAGCAAAGUUAAAAACGCCAUGUCCACUCUGGUGGGAGGGAUGAUGCCUCACGGACACCACCACCACCACCACCACAACCAUCACCCAGGAGGAGGUGGUGGUCAGCCCGGCGGACCUGGGGACAGCCUGCCGCCGCGCUUCCCCUACGGCCGGCCGGACUUCUUGGACCUCACCCCGGAGCUGCUGCAGUACUCCACCGAGCACGCGUCACGGCCGGUGCUCACGUUAAAGAGAGACAGCAGGCUGCCCUGGAGGACGGGAUAUGCAGAGGUGAUCAAUGCGGGGAAGAGCAUGCUGAACGAGGACCAGGCCUCUUGUGAGAAGCUGUUCGUGAAGAAGCCGAGUGGCAAACACCGCAACUCCUCUCUGAUGGAGGACAACGGGGAUGGAACAGGAAUCCCUCUCCACUUCUGGGGCGUGUUUGACGGACAUGCAGGUUCUGGAGCCGCCAUCAUGGCCUCCAAGCUGCUUCACCGCCUCAUCAGAGACCGUUUGGGAGAAAUCUGCCACCUGAUGGAAAACCCCACCAGCGCACCUCCUAUCUGCCUGGCUAAGAACGGCAGCCCGUACCAGGCGGACGCAAAGAAGGGGGCCGCGCAGGAAACGGAAGACCCCGAUGCCGUCACUGACUCAUCAGUGCGCUUUCACAUGGAGAAGGUCGUCAGUUUGGAGAGCCUGGUGAUGGGAGUCAUAGAGACCGCCUUCUCACAGAUGGAUGACCUAAUUGAAAAGGAAAAAACGUCCUAUGCCAUCUCCGGUGGGUGUUGUGCCUUAGCCGCCAUUCAUUUAAUGGGGAAACUCUACGUUGCCAAUUCUGGAGAUAGCAGGGGCAUAAUCAUCCGGAAUAAUGAAGUUAUUCCCAUGACGAAUGAAUUCACACCUGAGUCAGAGCGACAGCGGCUACAGUAUCUGGGCUUCCUGAGGCCGGAGCUCCUGGGUAAUGAGUUCACUCACAUUGAGUUCCCUCGUAGGAUCCAGCACAGCGAGCUAGGCAAAAAGAUGCUCUACAGAGACCACACCAUGACUGGCUGGGCUUAUAAGACGAUUGUUGAAGAUGAUCUGAAAUUCCCCCUGAUAUAUGGAGAAGGGAAAAAGGCACGUGUCAUGGCGACAAUCGGAGUGACCCGUGGGCUGGGAGAUCAUGACCUGAAGGUGUACAACUCCAACAUUUACAUCAAGCCCUUCCUCUCCUGCGUCCCUGAGGUGAAGGUUUAUAACGUGGAUGAAAACAAACACGGCCCAGACGAUGUCUUGGUCAUGGGCACAGAUGGAUUGUGGGACGUAACAACGGACAGGGAAGUGGCAGAGGCUGUGUCAGCCUACUUAUCCUGCUGUGAUCCCUCUGAUCCCAUGAGGUACACUCUGGCAGCCCAGGACCUGCUGAUGAGGUCACGAGGCGUGCUGAAAGAGCGCGGCUGGCGGCUACCCAAUGAAAGACUGGGCUCAGGCGAUGACAUCACUGUGUUUGUCAUCCCGCUGGCGGGGCAGGAGCCAGAGACAUGACAAGGCGUCGCAGCGACCGCUAUGACAGGGAUGACGCUUUCCGGGUCCUUCCCUCCUAACUCCUUAAACCCUGGACCGACGGGGCGGCGGGAGGAGAAAACACCUUUGUCAUAGGGGAGACUCGGGUCUGAGCAGCACCAUCAUCAACAACCCCAGACUGGACCCAGUCCCAGCAUCAGCUUCACUUCAACCCAACCCAGGAUCAUUGGGUUGGUCUCAGUCAUGUAACAAAAGAUUUCCAGUGACAUUAUAAGAGAAGUCACACUCUUCCUCCCAGACCUGCUGUUUGUGACGGUUGCCAGAGAGAAUUAAACCCUCGUAGUAUUUUUGUUUCCCGUUUACGUUUGAGGCUGGACCGCUACUCGAUCCUUUGAAUGGAUUGUUCAUUUUCAUGUCAUAUAAAUCCUGAAUGUGACUCGCUUUUGUAAAAAAAAAUAAGAAAAAAAUGUUUCACAAUCAUAUAUUUUAAAGGGGAUUGCAGUAAAGAAUGUGAGGAAACCAAAGAGAUGCUGUUGUGGCAUAAGGAUGGAAACCUGUAAAAAAAAAAAUAUAUAUAAGAAAUAAACAAAAAAAUCAUUAGAUUAAUUUCUGUACAUUAAAGAAGCAUGUAGGAAGUAAAAACAGUGAAAUGGAUCAGUUUUUUUUCAGCACUGGACUCAGAAUCAGUUGAGCCUGUAUUUCUUUACUUCCUGUUUUAAUGAUGAAUGAAUGAACGACGACACCUUAUAGGCACUCGAAGACUGUUGCACAUGCUCUGUGGUAGCCUGUUGAGUUGUGAUAUAUUUUUAUUGAAUGUGCUCAUAAAUGAUUUGUUUUUAUUUUAUUGUCAUUACUAUAGAGAGAACAGAGGGUUACACUUAUGUUCAGUUUAAAAAAAAAAAAAAAAAAGGAUCAUUUGUUUAAUUUAACAUGUUUUAUUUUUUUAACUCUCAGAGCAGAAAGUAAUCGGUUCUCAGUAAAUGUCUCGGUAUAGUAAGAUGUGAUAAACGUCACACAUAUGCCUUAUUAAGAGAUGGAGAUCUUUUCUUCAGAUGCACUAAAUUUGAUCCUCCCUGUAGAAGAUGCCCUUAAAUGUACCGUAUACGUCUUUUGUACCAUUUUUGUUAUGUCAUGUUAUUUAGAUUAUCCAUAUAUAUUUUUGAAGACAACUUUGGCUGUAAGCAGUAUCAGGAGUUUUAGUUUUAUGUUUCUAUCCAUUAACUGUUUGUUUAGAGAGACGGUGUGUCCUAGAGUAGGAGGUAGAAGGAUAAUGUGUACCAGCUUAGAAAUAAAUCAGAUUUUCCCAUUUG